CGGCUGAAUGUGUGUCAAGGUCCAGCAUUCUUUGAUAUGCAUUGUCAGUCAUAAAAAAAAAGGAGGGGAGCGAUGAAAUGAUAAGCUCAACCAGGAAAAUUUCCAGGUCCAAAAAAAUAAAAUUCCCCAUGUCCGUGCUGUAAUAUAGAGUUUAUCGCAUUGCUAAUCUCUUCAUCGAUAAUGCCUUUAUGACAGACACAUUGACAACUAACGUCAUAUUAUUGGAUUCAUUUCGUUUUCACCUUUUUUUUGCGCUUUUUAUUAUCAUUAAUUAUUCCUGUAUGGUAGAAAAGGUGUGCGGACCUGGAAACCCCAGACCCGUUGUUUCAUUGCUGUACAGAGUGCAAUGAAUCUCCCAUCGUCUAUAAUGCUUUUGUGCAUAUCUCUGCGAUGACACCGCAGCAAAACCCCCCUCUUUAGAGGCUCUUCCAUGCUUGAACAAGGAUAUCAACACAGCUCUCUUC